AAUUCAUGAUGGCAGGUGAAUAGUGAAAAACUUUUCCUUCCAGAAAAUGCAACACCACGAAAGAGGAUACUGUGAAAAAAUAAAAAACCUAAAUUUAGCGUAUAUUUUGCUUUAAUCUCCUUCCAUAAUAUGAAGCAGCACUCCAGAGCCUUACACCAACAAAUCUCCAAGUUCAAUCUCUGCCAAUUCAAACUUAAUCAGAAACAUAAUAACUACGUAAAAAAUGGUGGUAGUUCUAGCAAGUUUUUGAUUCAAUGCAACACUCAGAUCGCAGAAAAUGGACGAAACGGCAACGUCAAAGAAGCAGAAUCAAUAUUCCACAAGAUGCCCAUAAAGAACACAGCUUCUUGGACUGCCAUGCUCACUGCCUAUGCUCAAAACGGUCAAAUAAAAAAUGCCCGAAAAGUGUUCGACGAAAUGCCGCAACGAACCACUGUCUCAUAUAAUGCAAUGAUCUCUGCUUAUAUCCGCAACGGUUGCAAUGUAGGCAAAGCUUAUGAGCUGUUUUCAGUGUUGGCUGAGCGCAACUUGGUGUCAUAUGCUGCCAUGAUCACGGGUUUUGUGAAGGCAGGGAAGUUCCACAUGGCUGAGGAGCUGUACCGUGAGGCCCCACAUGAGUUCCGGGACCCUGCUUGCUCAAAUGCGUUGAUAAAUGGGUAUUUGAAGAUGGGUGAGGUUAACGAGGCGAUGCGGGUUUUUGAGAACAUGGCUGAGAGGGAUGUGGUUUCUUGGACUGCCAUGGUUGAUGGGUUGUGCAGGGAUGGGAGGGUUGCUGCUGCUAGGGACCUGUUUGACAGGAUUCCUGAGAGAAAUGUGGUUUCCUGGAGUGCAAUGAUUGAUGGGUAUAUGGGGAAAGGUUUGUUUCGAGAGGGGUUUUGUUUGUUUAUGGACAUGAGGAGGGAAGGUCUGGUUCAGGUUAAUUCCACUACAGUGACUAUAAUGUUUAAAGCUUGUGGAAAUUGUGGUAGGAUGCCAGAGGGCAUGCAGAUACAUGGGUUGGUUUCACGAAUGGGAUUUGAAUUUGACAAUGUUUUGAGUAAUUCUGUUAUUACUAUGUACUGCAUGCUUGGUUGCACAGACAUGGCAGAUAAAGUAUUUUGUACCGUGAGCAACAAGGACAUAGUUACUUGGAAUUCUUUAAUUUCAGGGUAUAUUCAUAACAAUGAAGUGGAAGCUGCUUUUAGGGUUUUUGAGAGGAUGCCGGAGAAAGACUUGAUUUCUUGGACAGCCAUGAUUGUGGGCUUUACCAAGAGUGGAAGAAUUGAAAAUGCUAUAGAGCUUUUUAAUAUGUUGCCUCAGAAGGAUGAUUUUGUUUGGACGGCUAUUAUAUCUGGGUUUGUGAAUAAUAAGGAUUAUGAGGAAGCUUUGCAUUGGUAUGCUCGGAUGGUUUGGGAAGGGUGCAGGCCUAAUCCUUUAACUAUUAGCAGUGUUCUAGCAGCUGCAGCUGCUUUGGUGGCACUGAAUGAAGGGCUUCAGAUUCAUACUUGUAUUCUGAAAAUGAACCUAGAGUAUGAUCUGUCUAUACAAAACUCUCUAAUAUCAUUUUACUCUAAGUCUGGGAAUGUAAUUGAUGCCUAUAGGAUUUUCUUGGAUGUCAUUGAACCAAAUGUUAUCUCUUAUAACUCAAUCAUCAAUGGGUUUGCACAGAAUGGCUUUGGCGAAGAGGCUCUCAGUAUCUAUAGAAAAAUGCAGAGUGAAGGCCAUGAACCCAACCAUGUUACUUUCCUUGCUGUUCUUUCGGCCUGUACUCAUGCAGGACUAGUUGAAGAGGGAUGGAACUUAUUUAACACCAUGAAAUCACGUUAUGGAAUUGAGCCAGAAGUUGAUCAUUAUGCUUGUAUUGUUGAUCUCCUUGGCCGUGCUGGUUUGCUAGAUGAAGCGAUUGAUUUAAUCCGAUCAAUGCCAUUUAAGCCCCAUUCUGGGGUUUGGGGGGCUAUUCUUGGUGCAAGUCAGAACCACCUACGUCUUGACCUUGCUAAGCUUGCAGCUCAACACAUAACUGAACUAGAGCCUAAAAAUGCAACUCCUUAUGUAGUAUUAUCCAACUUGUAUUCUGCUGCCGGGAAAAAGAUUGACGGUGACUUAGUAAGAAAGACCAAGAAUUUAAAAGGAAUAAAAAAAAGUCCUGGUUGUAGUUGGAUUACAAUGAAAGAUAAGGUUCAUCUGUUUCUUGCAGGGGAUCAGUCACAUGGAAAUAUUAAAGAGAUAAAAGCCACAAUACUGACUAUGGAUAAGGAGAUGCAAUGGUUGUAUCAUUGUGGGUGCUAACUGCUGACUGAAAGUCUUGUUUCUUUCAGUUACAAACAUAGCUUCUGUGCUGCUGCAGUGUCAUCAUUGCCUAAGCUAUGAGGCUUCUUUUCAAUCGACAGAUUCUUGGAUACACCUUGUGAAACAUUCUCGUCCCUAACCAUCUGUUAGAAUGCCUAUCAUGUAGAUAUAUUCUGUUUGAUUACACAUAUAUUAAAAAGAAUGAAGCUUAAUCAAAGUAACUUCUUUGUUGAAUUUCA